UCGGGCAUGGAGCCGUGGAAGCAGUGCGCGCAGUGGCUCAUCCACUGCAAGGUGCUGCCCGCCCACCACCGGGUGACCUGGGACUCGGCGCAGGUGUUCGACCUGGCGCAGACCCUGCGCGAUGGAGUCCUGCUCUGCCAGCUGCUCAACAACCUCCGGGCGCACUCCAUCAACCUGAAGGAGAUCAACCUGAGGCCGCAGAUGUCCCAGUUCCUCUGCUUGAAGAACAUACGAACAUUUCUCACGGCCUGUUGCGACACGUUUGGAAUGAGGAAAAGCGAACUCUUCGAGGCGUUUGACCUAUUUGAUGUUCGUGACUUUGGGAAGGUUAUAGAAACGUUAUCGCGACUUUCUCGCACGCCUAUCGCAUUGGCCACGGGAAUCAGGCCCUUCCCAACAGAAGAAAGCAUUAAUGAUGAAGACAUCUACAAAGGCCUUCCUGACUUAAUAGAUGAAACCCGUGUGGACGACGAGGAAGAUCUCUAUGACUGUGUUUAUGGGGAAGAUGAAGGAGGAGAGGUCUAUGAGGACUUAAUGAAAGCAGAGGAAGCACAUCAACCUAAAUGUCCAGAAAAUGACAUACGAAGUUGUUGCCUAGCAGAAAUUAAGCAGACAGAAGAAAAAUAUACAGAAACUUUGGAGUCGAUAGAAAAAUAUUUCAUGGCACCACUGAAAAGAUUUCUGACAGCAGCAGAAUUUGAUUCAGUAUUUAUCAACAUUCCUGAACUUGUAAAAGUUCAUCGGAACCUAAUGCAAGAGAUUCAUGAUUCCAUUGUAAAUAAAAAUGACCAGAACUUGUAUCAAGUUUUUAUUAACUACAAGGAAAGGUUGGUUAUUUAUGGGCAGUACUGCAGUGGAGUGGAGUUGGCCAUCUCUAGUUUAGACUACAUUUCUAAGACAAAGGAAGAUGUCAAACUGAAAUUAGAGGAAUGUUCCAAAAGAGCAAAUAAUGGGAAAUUUACUCUUCGAGAUUUGCUUGUGGUUCCUAUGCAACGUGUUUUAAAGUAUCACCUUCUCCUUCAGGAGCUGGUCAAACACACCACUGAUCCUGUCGAAAAGGCAAAUCUGAAACUGGCUCUUGAUGCGAUGAAGGACUUGGCACAAUAUGUGAAUGAAGUGAAAAGAGAUAAUGAGACACUUCGUGAAAUUAAACAGUUUCAGCUAUCUAUAGAAAAUUUGACUGAUGCUUUUGUGGUCCACAUGGCCAUUUUCUGGAAUCUUUGGAGAAGAGAAAAUGAGCCGGCAGAGGGCAGCAUCCGCCUUUGCUUCCGCAUUGAUACCCUGGCUCCACAGGAGACCUACUUUUAUGUGAAACUCCAGGCUGAUGAAUUCUUCAAGUUGCCAGGACCAAAACUGUUAUUUGACAAUCCAUCUACAUCUAACAUAAGGCCAGACUAUGCUGACUCCAAUUUCCAUGACUUCAAGAUGUACACCUUCACUCGAGUUACAUCCUGCAAAGUCUGCCAGAUGCUCCUGAGAGGAACAUUUUAUCAAGGCUAUUUAUGCUUUAAGUGUGGUGCAAGAGCACACAAAGAAUGUUUGGGAAGAGUGGACAAUUGUGGAAGAGUGAAUUCUGGUGAACAAGGGACGCUCAAACUACCGGAGAAACGGACCAAUGGACUCCGAAGAAAUCCCAGGCCAGUGGAUCCAGGUUUACCAAAGAUGCAGGUCAUUAGGAAGUAUUCUGGAACACCACCCCCAGCACUCCAUGAAGGACCACCAUUGCACAUUCAGGCAGGGGACACGGUUGAACUUCUAAGAGGAGACGCACACAGCCUGUUUUGGCAGGGUAGAAAUUUAGCAUCUGGAGAGGUUGGAUUUUUUCCAAGUGAUGCUGUCAAGCCUUCCCCAUGCGUGCCCAAACCGGUAGAUUAUUCUUGCCAACCCUGGUAUGCUGGAGCAAUGGAAAGAUUGCAGGCAGAGACUGAACUUAUUAAUAGGGUAAAUAGUACUUACCUUGUGAGGCACAGGACCAAAGAGUCAGGAGAAUAUGCAAUUAGCAUUAAGUACAAUAAUGAAGCAAAGCACAUCAAGAUUUUAACAAGAGAUGGCUUUUUUCACAUUGCAGAAAAUAGAAAAUUUAAAAGUUUAAUGGAACUUGUGGAGUACUACAAGCAUCAUUCUCUUAAAGAAGGGUUCAGAACCUUAGAUACAACUCUACAGUUUCCAUACAAGGAGCCAGAACAUUCAGCUGGACAGAGGGGUAACAGAGCAGGCAAUAGCUCCCCUUCUUUGUUCUGUGGCUUUUCUUUUGUAACUCCUCCAGACUACAGCUUUGUUCCCCCUUCUUCCACUCCUUUCUGGUCAGUAUUGAGUCCAAAAGUGCUAGGCAUUGCCAUCGCUCGGUAUGACUUUUGUGCAAGAGAUAUGCGAGAAUUGUCCUUGUUGAAAGGAGACGUGGUGAAGAUCUACACAAAGAUGAGUGCAAAUGGCUGGUGGAGAGGAGAAGUAAACGGCAGGGUGGGCUGGUUUCCAUCCACAUAUGUGGAAGAGGAUGAAUAAAUUCCAAUCCAGCAUUGCACCCUGCACCAAAAUGUCAGAGAAGGGAUAAACAGAAGCCUGCACAGCAUUGUGAAUUAACCGAAGUGUUUAAAAAGCUGCAUUUCUGGCUGUUCCACAUCCUCCCUCCUUAACUCCUCCUAAGUCUUAAUGCUGGGAUUUCUAAAGAUGCUGGUACUGACAGAUUAAUGGCUUGCCUAGAGCUGUGCGAGAAACAGCCUGCCAGUCUGUCAUUGUCAGGGACCAGGGCAAAGCCAAAAGCUGCUCUUCCCCAAAGAGCUCUGCACACACAUUGGUUAUGUUUCUCCUUACUUCAUCUGGUCAGAUACCACAACUGCCAGCCAUUAGUAAGUGUUUAAUGCAUAUUUACUUUAUUCUCGCAUGCCAUUCACCAGAAUUUUUGAUGGCACAAAGAAGCAGAAGUUUAAUUUUGCUUUUCCCAGUAUGAAGAAAUAUUAGAGUUCCACCAUUUGGGCAGCUUACUGGAAAGAUCCAGCGUUACUUGUCUUAAAUUGUCCAACAAGGUGACUCAUACCCAGCAAACACUUUUACCCCCAGAGCAGAUUUUACUCAUGAUAAAAUAUAAAAGGCAAAUAAAUGCCCAGGUUUGCAUCAUAAGUGAUACAUCCCUGAAGGGUUUUAAUUAUUCAUUUGAUGCCCUGAUUAUAUUUGCAAACUUCCUUAUGAAAAGUGAAAAAAAACACAUAACAGAGUGUCUUCAUAUUAAAUCUUCCUAGCCUUCAUGAUUUCAUAGGUUAUUUUGGCAUUGUAGACUUUAUGAAAUAAUCUUGACUGGGUAUAUUAUGGGUCGUUACCAAUUACCUGAGUAAGGUAGCAUUGUUUACAGAAACAGAUCAAGGGCUAUCAUUCAUGUAAGCCAUUUUACAGUGGCAGUAUCUAUUAACACAUGCCUUUCCCUGCUCUCUCAUGGCCCAAAAAAGACCUGGGAUAUAUUAAUAUUUUCUGAUUCCCACAUUUUCUUGGAGCACAAACAACUUUUCUGCGGAUUUUUUAAGGAAAGCCCAACAGGGUCCUUUAUGCAUUUCUGGGACAGAAGGAGGGUUUUGGGCUUUUGUGGGCUUCAGCGCCUCUCAGUCUAGCCCUCUGCAGCCCUUUCCGGGAGCGCAUUAACUGGAGGGGAAACCAGCGUCACGGCGCGCUUGUUUUAGCAGGCGUCUCCUUUUCUGUGUGAAGAGUCUAGUCAUGUUCUUCCUGGGACGCACACAGUCCCUAGUCAAGACAGUCAGGUCCAGUCACUAACUCGGCCCGCGCCUGAUGAAGUAUUUCCUCCAAAGCAGAAGUCGUGUUCUGACAAGAUUCAGAGAAAGAGUUUUGUGUUUGGGAAAAACGAAAAUUAUAAGCAUUAACAUAAUAAGACUGAGCUAGAAGCAUUCAGUUUUGAAAUUCUAGAUUAUCUCUGAGAUGAGGUGGGUGUGCCUGGCCUCUCUCCAAGCCACCUGGGUGCCGAGCGUGACGAUCAGUGGAUGCACCCCCUGCUAGAGCCCUUCCUGGGCUAGGACUGUUCAUCUAGCAUAGAUUCAAGACCUUUACCUCAGAAUUAUGUAAGCUGUGAUUGUGUUUUAGAAAAAUUAUUUGCGAAAAUCAGUUAAGUUUUUGUAUAUGUGUAAAUGAUUAUGAAAAUGUAUUUUAUAAAAUGUUCUGUACAGUAAAGUUACACCCCUAAGGUGCACUGUUGGUGUGGAUUCUUUCCCAUAAAGUCUUAUCUGCGACUCCGCGUCUCGGGAAUGUUUUGUCUGUUACCGUCAGCCAAUGUUGUUAUGGAGAGAGCAGCUUCACACAAAUGGAAACACUCCUGUGUGCACAGUAUUGUAGCAUGUAUUGUUUAUUUUAGUCAAUAGACUCCCUGUAUAAAUGGUGUUUGAUCUUCCUGUUGCAUUUCAUGGGCCUGGGGGUUUCCUAGCAGAGGAUAGUAGAACCCUUUUUGUGACAUUACCAAUGACAUCUUUGUCUAUGUUUAGUACUUUGUAUUGGAAACUUUAAAUGCUGCGGAUUUGUGUAGAGUUCUAAUACCAAAGACAGAAGUAACUGUUUUCCAUAUACUUUGUCUUGCCUGUAUGCAGCCCUGUGUAAUAUGGUGGUAAAUUAGAGUGGCAUUUCACUUUGUAAUAUUUUGUAAAUAUGUCAAUACAAUAAAUAGUUACUA